AUGUCCGCUGCACCGGGCCUCCUGCACCAGGAGCUGUCUUGCCCGCUGUGUCUGCAGCUAUUUGACGCGCCCGUCACCGCCGAGUGUGGCCACACUUUCUGCCGCGCCUGCCUGGACCGCAUGGGGGGCGAGCCUGGGGCGGAUGGCACGGUGCCUUGUCCCUGCUGCCAGGCGCCCACGCGGCCUCAGGCGCUCAGCACUAACCUGCAGCUGGCGCGCCUGGUGGAGGGCCUGGCGCAGGUGCCCCAGGGCCACUGCGAGGAGCACCUGGACCCUCUGAGCAUCUACUGCGAGCAGGACCGCGCCCUCGUGUGCGGUGUGUGCGCCUCUCUCGGUUCGCACCGCGGUCACCGUCUGCUGCCCGCCGCCGAGGCCCACAUGCGCUUCAAGGCACAGCUCCCACAGCAGAAGAUGCAGCUGCAUGAGGCCUGUAUGCACAAGGAGAAGAGCCUGGCUGUGCUAGAGCACCAGUUAACGGAGGUGGAGGAGACAGUGCGUCAAUUCCGAGGAGCUGUUGGGGAUCAACUGGGGAAAAUGAGGGUGUUCCUGGCUGCACUAGAAGGCUCUUUGGACCGUGAGGCAGAACGAGUUCGGGGAGAGGCUGGUGUGGCCUUGCGGCGGGAGAUGGCAGGCCUGAACUCUUAUCUGGAGCAGCUGCGGCAGAUGGAAAAGGUGCUAGAAGAGGUGGCCGACAAACCACAGACUGAGUUCCUUAUGAAAUAUUGUCUGGUGACCAGCAGGCUGCAGAAGAUCCUGUCAGAGUCACCACCACCCGCACGUCUGGACAUCCAGCUGCCUAUCAUUUCAGAUGACUUCAAAUUCCAGGUGUGGAAGAAGAUGUUCCGGGCUCUGAUGCCAGCGCUGGAAGAGCUGACUUUCGACCCCAGCUCUGCGCACCCGAGCCUGGUGGUGUCCCCGUCGGGCCGCCGCGUGGAGUGCUCCGAGCAGAAGGCCCCGCCCGUGGGAGACGACUCGCGGCAGUUCGACAAGGCGGUGGCGGUGGUGGCCCAGCAGCAGCUGGCGGCCGGCGAGCACUACUGGGAGGUGGAGGUGGGCGACAAGCCGCGCUGGGCCCUGGGCGUGAUGGCGGCCGACGCGCCGCGCCGCGGCCGGCUGCACGCCGUGCCCUCGCAGGGCCUGUGGCUGCUGGGGCUGCGCGACGGCAAGGUCCUGGAGGCCCACGUGGAGGCCAAGGAGCCGCGGGCCCUGCGAGCCCCCGAGCGGCGGCCGGCCCGCGUGGGCCUCUACCUCAGCUUCUCGGACGGCGUGCUCGCCUUCUACGACGCCAGCGACGCGGACGCGCUGGAGCCGCUCUUCGCCUUCCACGAGCGCCUGCCCGGGCCCGUGUUCCCGUUCUUCGACGUGUGCUGGCACGACAAGGGCAAGAACGCGCAGCCGCUGCUGCUCGUGGGGCCUGGCGGCGAGGAGGCCUGA